AUGGCUCCUCUACCGGUAAACGACCACCCAAUCUCCACUCUCCUCAACAUCAUCAAAACUCAGUCCACCUCCGUCUCACCUACACCAACCACAUCAAGCACCACCACACCAACCGCGUCUCCCUCCCCAUCCAACCACAACAUCAACAACCUCCUCCCCCUCGCGCCCACCACCGAUGGACCCGUUGCCGUCCUUCCAAUCCCGCAUCCAACCGAUUACAUCCUCUACUUCCUACUCGGCUGCAUCCUCGGCAUCCUCUGCUUCCUCUUCACCUACCACUGCAUCAACAAGUACCAUGCGCUCCCAGCCCUACGACUCUGUCCACGCACCGCUGCUUCGGGCUAUUGGUGGCGGGAGAGAGGGGAUUUGGUUAUGAGGGAGGGGGCGAGAAGAAGACAGAAUAGUGGUGCGAGGGGUGGUGCUGGGGUGCUGCGACCGCUGGAAGGUGGUGGUAGGAGCAGGGGUUUUUCGCUGGCUGCUUGGUUUUGGGGGUGGGAGGAUAUGAGGAGGAGAAUUAGACGUGUCUGA